GCGAGAGUAAGAUGGCGCCGGUUUGGGUUGAGGAAGGUGAGAGUCGAUUUGGGUCGGCUGGCCGAACCCACGGCUGACCAAGCCCACAAAUUCAAAAUUCAAAAAUCAAACCUAUUCUUUCCCCAAUUCAGUUUCUCCGCCAGAACCACUUCGACUUCCCCUCUCUCCCACUUUUCCCCUCUCUCUCACUUUCCUCCUCUCAUGAAAACGACGAAUAAGCAAGCGAAGCGGCGACGACAAAGCAGCGAAGCGGCGGCGACGGACCAGCAAAGCGGCGGCGAGCGAAGCGGGAUUUCAGCCGCGACGAAGGGCGGGAUUUCAGCGGCGACGAAGGCUUGUGUUGACGGCGGCGACGAAGGCUUGUGUUGACGGCGGCGACGAAGGCUUGUGUUGACGGCGGCGACUUUGCAGACGAAUCGGCGGCGACGAAGGGCGACGAAGCUUGGUUUGACGGCGGUCGUUGAAGAAAGAACUACUAUUUGGACUAAGAGAUUUAUCAAUGGCAAGGACUAAAACAACCAAGAGGAAACAGCCGACCGACUCCACGACAGCCAUCACCACUGCCUGUUUUGUGUGCGUUCCGAUAUUAUUUAUUUUGAUUAUGGAUAUCCAUUGUAUUUUGCUUGGAUUGUUUCUUUGAUAUAUCUGGAU